AUGAGAAGCGUCGAAUCUGUAUGUUUACAGCGGGGAGAAACCUUAGGGGACGUUGUUGCACAAAGCUGCCUGUUUCAGCGUAAGAAAACUUUCAAUGGGAUCAAUGUGCAGGAGCUCAUUUGGCAUGUGUUUAUUAAAGUAGCGAACGAGCUGGGGGUUCGGAAGGCAUUCUGCGAGCUCGUAUGUGAGGAGCUGUGGAACCAGCGUGUACAAAUGUUAUCUGUGCCAGAUUGGAUGUUGCUUCUUUGUAAGCUGGAAUCAACAAUAUCUGACGAUUCCUGGCAGAUGAUCUUAAAUCGGACUCGAGUUGGAAAAAGCGGGGUGAGUUAGGCACCGACCAGCAUUGUUUGUGUUGUUGUUGUUGUUGCUGUUGUUUUCUUUAAGCUUGCUAGAACUACCAAGUAAUCCCCCUAACCAUAAAUGAAUUGUGGUCUAUUCCAUUCAAAUAUCCACUCCCAGUCCCCCCACUAUCGACAAGAUUUUCUGUUGGGUGGGGGGGGCUUUGAAAGUCCUUUCCAAGGGGAUUGACUGUUACGGCACCUUUGAUCUUUGCAAAAUUUCUGAGGGGUGUAAGAAAAAUUGGCCAUUUCUGUGGGAGAGGCAGGGGUACUGUGUCAGUACGUUUGAUCUUUUUUUCUUUUCUUUUAGUAACUCAUCAGACACUCUGAUCUUGUUGUCCAAAAGCAACAUAAAGGCACUUCGGUCUAUGGUGUUUGAUAAAGUUCGAAGCCUCUUUUACAUCACCCAAAUACAAGAUUUUUUCUCUUGA